AUGGUUCGCACACAGCGGCGGGUGGCCUUCUGGCUCGCCCUCAUCAUGCUGGGCGCCCAAGGGCUGGAGGCCCGCGAACUGGAGGGCGUGAAGAAGAAGAAGUGGCUUUCAGGCAAGGCGCUGAUAUUGGAGAUGGACUUCACAGAAGGCGACGUGGGAAGGCAAGAGGAGCCGCUUGCGGAGCCGGCAGCGGCGCGGGGGGCGGGCUGGCCUGCGGGGCGCCUCGCGCGCCCCGGGGGGCGAAUCCUGCUCGUCAAGCGCAAGAACCGGCGGCGGAAGUGGCGGGUGAAGGUGAAGGACCCCGGCUGGCUGGAGAAGCUGCGCACGGGCAUGGACCUGUCAGCGGGGGGCAGCUGGUGGAACAAAAAAAAUUGGGAGGAGGCGGAUGAGGAGCCCGAGGAUCCGGGCGACGUGCUGGACGAGCCCGAGGACCCCGCCGCCGCGGAGCUGGAGUUCCAAGCGGACAGCAUCACCGCCAGCGGCGGGCCCGUGGCGCCGCAGCCCAUCGUGGUGCCGGCGCAGCCCACGCCCGACGAGCUGCUGGCGGCGCAGCUCAACACGCUGGGGGCGACGACGGUCGGCGCCACCGCAGCCGCCGCCACCGCGUUCGAGGGCAACGGCGGCUACAUCAACGUGACGCAAGGCGGCGGCACAUGGGUCUGGAACGACCUCUUCCUCUCCUCCCUGGGAGUGCUGGUGAUCCCAAUCACGGCGAUGGAUCCUGUGACCAAGGGCACUUGCCGUGCCGGGGCGGCCACCCACAACCCGCCGCUCAACCGCAACCAGAUCCAGGGUGUUGUGUUCUCGGACGGCACGCCCAACACGCCCACCACCGCGACCGUGGGCUCCACCUUCUACCUCUGCUCUAACCUCAAGACCAGCCUGACAGCCAACAACAGCCUGGUGGCGCAGCCCGUGCAGCUCAACUGCUCCGGCAGCAGGCACGCGCCGGGGCGGUUCCGCUACGGCAUCCCGUGGCGGGCCAACCGCUGCACUUUUGACGACUUCCACGGCUGGGCGGAUGCCGCAGACGCCGCGCUGGUUGCUCGCGGCGUCAACAUCAACAAGUACUUCUACAGGCAAGCAGCGGCGGCGGGGCGGGUUAGCAGGGUCUACCUGGUACCGCCCGGACCCUGCGACAAGGAGUGGGCCGGUACCGCCUACCUGGGCUGCGACGGCACCUUCCAGUGCCGCGCCUGGAUCGCGGGCAACCACUGGGGCGACGAAAACGCCAUCGCACACGAGCUCUCCCACAACAUGUUCAUGCAGCACGCGGGCACCACCACCGGCGCCUCUUUCCCCGGAGGAUCCUUCAACGAGUACGAUGACUUGAGCUGCGCCAUGGGCUGGUGCUGCGACAACAGGUGCUGGAACAUGCCGCACGCUUGGCAGAUGGGUUGGAACGCGGCGCGCACGUACGAUGCGGCCACGCUCAUCCGCGGCCGCACCUACAACGUCUCGCUGGGCAGCCAGUCGCGUUAUGCGGCCACCGAUUUGCCCGUGCGCAACAGCAUCCGUGUGCUGCCCUGGAACGUGCCGGGGGUGGGCGCCAACAAGCCGGUGCCGCUGUGGAUCUCGUUCCGCACGCGCACCCGCGGCGACAUGGGCCUGGCAGCUGGCUGGGAUGACAAGGUCCACAUCCACUCCUCCGGCAUCUCAGACCCCUACGACUCGGCCUUUACCAACUGGGAGACCAUGCUGGGCGUGGACGAGACAUGGACCCACCCUGUGCUGAACGUCACCGUGCGGCGCUACCCCAGCAACAACCCCAGCGCCGCUGUGGUCACGCUGUGCCGGUACUACCGACCCGAGACCUACCUGUCCUGCCUGUACAGCUUGGAUUAUGACUGCAACGGGAAGGCGGGGUAUGACGACGACGCAUGCUUAAGUCUCUUACCACCAGCAUCGUAG